UGGUCACUGUGCCCAGAAUCCGUUUGCGCGCCUCCGGCUAGACAAAUAGCUUACUGUUUUCACCUCCAUUGGCAUUCGCUCUUCUUGAUUUCUUUUCCCACCAUGGUUCCAGGAAUUGUUGGCGGAGCUUUUCUGUCCUCCUUCCUUCAGGUGGCUUUCGACAAGAUGAUGUCUCUUGAGGUCCGUGAGUACUUCCGGGGAAGAACAUUGGAUACGUCUCUGAUGAAGAAGUUGAAAAUCGCGCUCCUAUCCAUUAACUCUGUAAUCGAUGAUGCUGAAGAUAAGCAGUUCAGUGAUGCUAAUGUGGUGGCGUGGCUUACUGAGCUCAAGCAUGCUGUGUUCGAUGCUGACGAUCUUUUGGAUGAGAUUAACUAUGAAGCCUACAAGCAGGAGAUGGAACCUGAAACUCAAGCUGGUCUUACUGGCAAGGUACGGCGCUUCUUCCAUUUUAGUUCAUUUGACAAGGAAUUUGAUUCAAGGAUGAAACAACUGCUGGAAAAUCUUGAAUUUCUUGAGAGCCGAAAGACUGCUCUGGGACUGAAAGAAGUUAAAUGUGGUGCUUUUGAAACUUCCACGAAGUUGCCAACCACUUCUCUGGUCGAUCAAGCUGGAACAUAUGGCAGGGAUGAUGAAAAAGAAAUCAUAAUUGAGCAAUUGCUAAACGACAGUGGCUUUUCUGUCAUAUCUCUGGUGGGAAUGGGUGGUUUGGGUAAGACCACCCUUGCUCAGCUUGUCUAUAAUGAUGAAAGGGUCGAGGCUGAAUUCGACAUUAAAGUUUGGGUAUCCAUUUCUGACGACUUCGACAUUUUGAGAUUGACCAGAGUAAUUUUCAAGGCAGUGAUGGGAUCUUAUGAUGGUAAAGCAGAUAUAAACAUGCUGCAAAGUAGGUUGAAAGAUAUUUUGACCAAGAAAAAAUUCCUCAUCGUUCUUGAUGAUGUUUGGUGUGAUGAUUAUGUAGCAUGGGAAGCUUUCCGGGCACCUUUGAUUUCUGCGGUUGCAGGCGGCAGGAUCCUUAUCACUUCACGCAAUCAGAAUGUUGCUCUAGUCGCCGGCUCGGAUGAAAUUUACCAACCGCAUCAAUUAUCAGAUGAAGAUGGUUGGUUGUUAUUUGCAAAAUAUGCAUUUCACAACUCUCCUCAAGCGAGUCCUGAUCUUGAAGAAAUUGGUAGGAGGAUCGCUAAGAAGUGCAAAGGUUUACCUCUGGCUUUGAAAACUGUUGGAAGUCUUUUGGGGAGGAAAUUAUCUUGGGAGGAAUGGAAUAGCAUUUUGACCUGUGAUAUAUGGGAAGUUUCCCACAACAAUAUUCUUCCUGCUUUGAGGCUGAGCUAUCACUAUCUCCCAUCCCAUCUUAAGCACUGCUUUGCCUAUUGCUCAUUACUUCCCAAGGAUUAUCAAUUCGAAAAGGAGGAGCUAGUUUUAUUUUGGAUGGCUCAAGAUUUCUUACCAGCCUCUAAAUCAAACAAGACCAUUGAAGAAGUAGGCAACGAAUGCUUCCAGGAUCUUGUGUCGAGGUCUUUCUUUCAGAAAUCUGCUCUAGGUGGAACACAUUAUGUAAUGCAUGACCUUCUCAAUGACUUGGCAAAUUUUGUUUCCGGAGAAUUUUGCUUAAGGCAAGAGGUUAAAGAGGUGCCAAAUGUUUCAGACAAGACACGUCACUUAUCCUUUUCGCAUGAAAAUGGAGGAUUCGGACAGCCUGAGUAUUUGCAAAAAUCGAGCAAGUUGCGGUCAUUCUUGCCUUUUUUCCUUAAUCCAGAUUUUGGUUGGACUUCAGUGGUUGAUGAAUUGUUUAAGUGCAAAUGCUUGCGAGCUCUGUCUCUAUGUUACAACUUCAAAAUUACAGAGCUUCCUGAUUCCAUAGGAAAUCUCAUACAUCUACGGUAUCUUGAUCUAUCUGGCAGCGGGAUAAGGAGACUCCCCGACUCUAUAUGCCUUCUCUAUAAUCUACAAACAUUGAGGUUGAAAAAUUGUGAUCAUUUGGAUGAGCUGCCUGCCAAUUUGAAUAAACUAAAACGUCUGCGGCUUCUGGAUUUACAAUACACAUGGCUGAAAACGAUUCCUCUAAAUUUGGGAGAGUUGAAAGAUCUUCGAGUUCGUCUGACAUCAUUCGAUGUGGGAAGAUACAGUGAGUCCAACAUGGAGCAGUUGGGCAAACUCAAUCUUCAAGGAGAAUUGUCCAUUUUUGAGCUACAGAAUGUAGUUCCUGGGAUGGAUGCUUCUACUGUCAACUUGAAAGAAAAGAAGUGCCUUGAUGAGGUAAGCUUCCACUGGAGUCCGGACUGCCAUAAUAAUUCCCGGAAUGAAAGGUACGUGCUGGAGAAGCUCCAACCUCACGAGAACUUGAAGAAACUGUCAGUCAUGCACUAUGGCGGUACAAGAUUUCCAGACUGGUUUUCUAAUGCAUUGCCCAACAUUGUUUCACUCCGAUUGGAAAGUUGCAGCUAUUGCCUUGUUCUGCCAUCAUUGGGCCUUUUGCCGUCCCUCAAGUCACUGUUCAUUAGAGGGUUGGAUUGUAUUGCAGCUAUUGGUGCUGAAUUUCUUGGAAGUAGAUCUUCUGCUGUUUCAUUUGGGUCUCUUGAAAUCUUGGAGUUUGAUGAAAUGGUGAAUUGGGAGGAAUGGGAAUGCGGAACAGCUUCUAGAGCCUUCCCAUGCCUUAAAGAGCUUCGUAUAAGGAAUUGUCCAAAGCUGAAAGAGAAGUUGCCCGAACAACUUCCUUCUUUAGAGGAACUCAUUAUUGAAGAUUGCCAAGAACUUGUAGCUUUGGUUCCCAUGGCUCCAAUGAUUCGAAGUUUGACUCUUAGAAAAUGUGGGAAUGUGAAGUUGGAAGAUAUCCCUUCCAAUCUAAAAGAAGUCUCCUUCCAUGGCCCAUUCAGCAAUGUGACUUUGGUUGAAAAGAUUGAGCACAUUAUUGCCAACACCUGCAUCGAAAAGGUGGACAUUCGUGAGUGUCCGAAUUUGGAGUUUCCAUCACACCAUCAUGACUCACUUCGUGACAUAUUGAUAUUAAGAAGUUGUGUGUCUCUUAGGAACUUCGCUUUGGAUCUAUUCCCUACACUUCAGUGGCUAUAUCUUGAUGGGUGUGAUAACCUUGAAAUGAUUUCUGUUUCAGAGGGGCGCAAGGAUGACCCAACAAAUCUUACAGAUUUGAACAUUAAGGAGUGCCCAAAAUUUGUAUCACUUUCAGGAGGGGCGUUUUCUGCCCCCAGGCUAAAGUGGUGUUGCUUUGAACGUUUGGGGAAUUUGGAAUCACUUGCGAACUUUUCUGCUCCGUCUCUUAGCAUUCUAAGAGUAGAGGAUUGUCCAAAACUGGAAACACUUCCAGAGGGCGUUUUGUCAUCAAAGCUGAGGCAUCUUGCUGUCAUCAAAUGCCCAAAUCUCAAUGUUGAUUGGGAAAAGAUUGCUCACAUUGCUAAUGUUUGGAUUGACGAUGCUAGACAAGCUUGAGUUUGCGAAGGAGUACUCCAAUCAUUCUAUUUCCUAGUCCUAGACGCCACUCAGGUAUGCAUAGAAUGGUUUGGGGCGAUCCGAUCACAUCAAAUUAUAUGGAAAGAUGAGUAUCUUUGGCCCUCUCUGAAGGACUGCACAAGGAUUGGUUGUUGCUUUUGGAAUGUUUCAAAACCAGCAUUGUUCUCUCUGUUUUUUUUUUUUUCACUUAUGCAAGUUUCAUGGCCAUAAACUAAGAGCAGCUUGCACGAUUAUAGUUCUCUUUCUCUUGUUUACAUUAGUAGAUGCUGGAAUCUCAAAAUGUUGGACUGUAAAGCUCUUUGCUGAAGAUUGUUUAAGGCUCCCAUUCACGAGGAUUGAUAAUGAUAUGCUAACUUGAUCAGCUUGUGAAGGACAAUUGCCCCAACUAUUGUAUUUCCUAGCCACCACUCAGACUUUGCCUUUUACCCUUCAUUCAAAUCAGAGGCCAUUGUUCGUUGCCCUGGAGGCCGGGCCAUGCAUAUUCACAGGUAUUGGCUCUGCCGUGUUCAGGACUAGUAAUGGAAUGCAGGCAAAAGCGUAAUGCAGAUGCUCUUUUGUUCCGUGGCUUGCAAGGGAAAUUUCUGCAAGGGUAGGCACACAUAUUUGGAAGGAUUUCAACUGGGUUUUUAUCAAUGUGAAUAAAUUUUCAUUACUUUCUAUGUCAAAUAGUUUUAAGAUAAUGCAAGGAAUUACAAUGUCAAAUUUCUUCAGCAGUUGAUGAUAUUAUCAUGGAUUUGUUUGAACCAUUCAAGAGAGAGACUCCCCAGAUGUUGGAGCUUAUCUGUGCAAUUUACAAGAGAAGAGUUGAACACAAUAUCUGCUGGAACGUUGGUUGUUUAUGACUUGGCUUCAUACUACAUAGAAGUCGCAAUCAUGAGCUCUUGCUUUACUGUUUGGAGCUUAUCAUGACCCAUGUUUUUACAGAAUUACUUGUUUGUUUGAUAUAUUCCUGUUUGUUUGAAUCAUUGUACAGCUAAACCAUUUGGUUGUUGACAUCAACCAUUUGUUAGUUGUGCAUUGAAAGUGUGCAACUGACCAGGUGUUGAUUGUCCGGUCUCCUUGAACCUUGGAGAGAUUUUAUCAUGAUUAUAGGAUAUAGGAUUCCUUUUGUACAUGCUCCUCUUCAUAGUAGCACCAGAAAUCAAUCUGAAGGUGUCUGUCAAAAUUUGCAGAAAUUGAGUUGGAAAAAUUGAUUUU